CUAGUUCGAGUAGCAGUGUAAAUGCCAGAGUCGGUGACGUCACAGCCCCGUCCAGCGCCUACAGUGGACCGGUCACCCACCAGUGGCUUCAAACGGAUCUCCAUACCGAGAUUUCUGAGACAUGAUCCCAAUGGGAAAGAAGUGGAUAUUCAUGAACAUCCAGAAACCAGCAAUGAAAAUAAUAAUUUCCCGAAUCUCCAGAAUGGUUCAGUCUCUCCACUCAGAGAAGUUACAGAUGUAGAACAGAUAUACGAUGCUGUAUCUUUGCAUUCAGAACAAAAGACACCACUGACGACAAGAAGACCAUCCUUUUUCGGACAAGAGUCGCCGAAAGUAAUCACAAACCCCUGGAACUUCAUAUUCAAAAACGUAGAUAAGGAUGAGCAACGGUAUGAAACUGAAGAGCAGGAAGCAAAGGAUAAAGUGCCGUAUGAGCCUCACAAUCCCGAAGAUGAAACUGUGGAAAGUCCCGAAUUUUUAGAUGCUCGUCAUCACUCACAGUCUUUUUCGAAUUUUAUCCCUUCUAUGUUCAGUGGAAAACAUGAAAGAGAUGCAAACACAAAUCUUCAGGCUGCAGGGUCUCCUGAGAAUGACUUCCAGGUGACAGAAGAAUUGAAAAGACAGCAAACUUUCAUGAAGAAGUUUCUGAUUUUCAACAGACGUAGAAACAAAGACAGUAGCCGAAAGCAAAGUAUAGCAGCCGCAGAUUUGGCUGAGCCUCUACUUGAAGACCCAGACAAACCUACCGGAGAAAGAGCUCUGAAGUUGAUUGGUAGUUUGGCAAUGGGUGCUCCCGCGAUUAAUUUACUUGCUUCGUGUUUACUAGAAGAUGAGCACGGUAUUUCUCGGGCUCCACUUGUGCUUACAUUGAUUGGAUUGAAAGUCACAGACAUAUCUGCUGGCAUUUCAACUAGGAUCAGAAAGUUCAAGAUCGAGUUAGAGUACGGCUUGGGACCUCAGAGAUUGAAAUGGUCUGUAGACAAAACCGCCAAGGAUCUCUUGUAUUUGCACUCCAAGUUCAAAUUCGAAAGAUGGAGAAAUGAAGUCGUUAGAAACAAGAACUCUGAGUUGCCCAAAUGCCCCAUUCCGCCAAUCAGAGGAGCUGAUUUGAACAGAGGAAGAAGGAGAAAGAGUCUUCCUUCAAAUGCACUUCAUAAUCAAGAAUUGCAUAGAGUUUCUGUAGGUGAAGAAUUGGGCAAUGUUGUACGUGCGAGAAGUGAAAAUGACGAGGACAACAACUCUAUUAGCAGUACACACAGUUUCCGCGACCAUUUGACGAGAUUGAGGCUGCAUCUCAGUCUCUCAUCAGCUUCAACACACGACCAAUCACCAGAGCAGAUCAGAACCAGAAUCCAGAAGAACCAGGACUACAUUCGCGACGUGGAAAAGUACUUGAACAGUAUGAUUGAGAUGUAUGCUUUGAAGCCACAGUCUAAUAGACUCUUCCACUUCUUUGAAAUCUCCCCUAUCUCAUCAUUGUUGAGCUACGAAACCGGGUAUCUGGGGAAGCAAGGUAUUGUACAUGUGGGUGGUUCGACCAAGUCGCAGGGCUGGAGAGUGGGCCAUUUUAGAGCCAACGAUUUGAAAGGGAUGAUUGAUCGAAGAUCAGAGAAGUGGCUCUUGGUGAGAAACUCAUAUGUGAUGUAUGUUUCCGACAUCAAUUCCACUCUACCAUUAGAAGUAUUCUUGGUUGAUUCUAAGUUCAAAAUAUCCUACAAAAGAGACGUAGAACAGAGCAGGGAAGAUGAAGAAUCCGAUUAUGAUGAUUCUUCUAUCAUCCAGAAACAGAUAGCUGAUAAUGAUAUCAAAGAUGCUGCCAGAAGUGUUUUCAACCAGCUCAAGAUUACCUUGGAAAAUAGCGAGAGAAAACUACAGAUUAAUCCCAAGUCGCAGAAGGAACAGAAGUUGUGGAUCAAAUCGCUCACGGAAAUGAAAAUAUCCACUGAUUGGUCACAAACUCAUCGUUUUGGCUCCUUUGCACCUGUAAGAGAGAAUUGUUAUGCUCAAUGGUUUGUAGAUGGCAGAGAUUACUUCUGGGCUGUGUCUUCAGCUUUGGAGAUGGCCAAGGAUGUGAUUUUCAUUCACGACUGGUGGCUUUCUCCAGAAAUAUAUUUGCGUAGGCCCGCCAACGGUAACCAGCAAUGGCGUUUGGAUAGAAUCUUGCAAAGAAAAGCUCAACAGGGAGUUAAGAUUUUUGUGAUUGUUUACAGAAAUGUUGGAUCUACUGUUUCUACGGAUUCUCUCUAUUCCAAGCACUCUAUUCUAUCAUUGAACGAAGAAAAUAUCCAUGUAAUCCGUUCUCCCAACCAGCUCUUGCAGAACACGUAUUUCUGGGCUCACCAUGAAAAGCUCUGUAUUAUAGAUCAAACUGUAGCCUUUGUGGGAGGCAUCGAUUUGUGCUAUGGUCGUUACGAUACCCCUGACCAUGUGCUUGUGGACGACUCAGAUAUCAAUUUCCAAACUCUCUCAAGUGAUGAUAGACCAACCGCUGAAGAGUUCAUAAAGUUUCAAACCUUCCCUGGUAAGGACUACUCUAACCCUAGAGUAAAAGAUUUCUUUGGUCUAGAACGUCCCUACGAGUCUAUGUAUGAUAGAAACGUCGUUCCCAGAAUGCCAUGGCACGAUGUUCACAUGGUAACAUCUGGUAAAGUGGCUAGAGAUUUGGCUAGGCACUUUGUACAACGUUGGAACUAUUUGCUUAGACAGAAGAGACCCAGCAGAUUUACUCCAUUGCUUACUCCUCCUCCAGACAUGUCCGACGAAGAAGCCAAGGUAAUGGGAUUAGAUGGAACUUGUGAAGUUCAAUUGCUUAGAUCAGCUUGUAACUGGUCAUUAGGCAUAAAGGAACACGAGCAGAGUAUCCAGAAUGCCUAUUUGAAACUCAUUGAGACUUCUGAGCACUUCAUCUAUAUUGAAAAUCAAUUCUUUGUAACGUCUUGUAUUAUUGAAGGUACAGAGAUAGAGAACAGAAUUGGUGAUGCUAUCGUUGACAGAAUUAUCAGAGCGUAUAAGGAGAAGAAGGUAUGGAAGGCUAUAAUUGUCAUUCCACUUAUGCCAGGCUUUGAAUCUCAAGUUGACGAGCCAGAUGGAUCUUCAGUUAGAGUCAUCAUGCAAUGUCAGUACUUGUCGAUUUCCAGAGGAUUAUAUUCGAUUUUCUCCAAGUUGCGGAAGUUUGGCGUUGAUCCAGACAACUACAUUCAAUUCUUUUCUUUGAGAAAAUGGGGUAGAAUAGGUCCUGAUAGGACUUUGGUUACCGAGCAGUUAUACAUUCACGCCAAAACCAUGAUCGUGGAUGAUAGAGCGGUUAUCAUAGGCAGUGCUAACAUUAAUGAGAGAUCUAUGAGAGGUAUCAGGGACUCCGAGGUAGCCGCUAUUGUGCGUGAUAAGGAAACUGUACGUACUCACAUGAAUGGCGAGCCAUACUUGGCUUGUAGAUUUGCUCACACGUUGAGAAUGAGAUUGAUGAGAGAACAUCUCGGAAUCGAUGUGGAUAUCUUGGAUAUUGUUGAGAGAAGAUUUAAACGUUUUGAAGAGUACGCGAGAACUCAGGAAGGUAUUCAAUCUGCUACUAGUGUGUUCAGAAAGCUGGAAAAUAUAGUUCUUUCAGCUAUGGUUGAAAUAGCAUCCAGGGAUAUAUUAGAUCAGCCAGAAGGCACAUUCAGGUGGAAGAACUUUCAAAAGCUGAAGAAAGUAGAUGGAGAACCUGAUGUUAUAGCUCAGAACUUAAGCUGCCAAGAAGACAACGAUACUGAAAAACCUUCUCCAUUGGCGUUACCCAUUUCGUUCAACAAUAGAACUGGUCCUCACGAAGCCAAUAAAGGUAUCAGAGAUAAGAAGAAGCACUCUUACGAUACAAGAGUACAGAACAACGAGUUUCAUAAGCAAGAUGUUUAUGGAGACGGGCUCGAUAAAUAUAGAAGUAAGCUAGCCAAGAGGGCCAGGCUCAACAGCAGUAGGUUCCUCAAAGAAAAAGCUACACAAUACAUGCAUGAGAAUCCAUUGAUGACAUACUUGCCUGAUGUGGAAAGUGUGCAUGAAUUCUUGGAGUGUGACGACUACGAUAUGAUUGAAGAAAUGGACGAGACCUCUGAGGAAGUUAUUUCGACUAGAAACAGAGAAAGAUGGCAGUUGUUGAAGAAGCUAUCAUAUAUGCAAAGAGUUGCUGCUAGAGAAAUGAAGGAAGACGAUGAAGAAAGAAAAAAGAGAGUAAAUGCUGGACUCAGUGCUGGUAUUGGAGGAAAGUCACCAGGAAACGAGGGUUCUCCUGUUUCGUUUAGUGAUAAGAAUAGUUCUCCUGAAGCUGUUGCUAACAAUAAUGGUAGUAAUACAAACCACGGCGAUUUGAAUGGCACAACACUUGACAAUGUUUCGCUUCCUUCAGUAGAAAGGAAGCAUGAAGGAAUGAAUGAAAUGGUCACUGAGAUUCCGAUUAUUACGCUUAGCGAACAAGAAGCCCAAGAUAUCAUUCAGAGCUUGGCUCCAGCAGGAGAUCGUGAAUUCAACAAAUUCCUUGAUCCAUACGGUUUUGAAGAUCCGCUCGAUGUGGAGUUUUAUGAGGAUAUCUGGUUUGAGUACGCUCGUAGAAACACAGAAAUCUACAGAAUGACUUUCCAUACGCAGCCAGAUGAUACCGUAGAUACCUGGAAGGACUACAAACAGUUUUCCAAGCUCCAGAAGGCAUUCGUUGUUUCACAGCAGCAAGAGGCCAAGUUCAGAAAACAACAUAGAGGUCGAAAGGAAGAAGAACUGGAGUCUGAAUCUGAGAGCGAAGACGAAUCGGAAGGAUUCCAGUAUCGCCCAACAAUGGCACAUCGUCCUAGUCAAGCAACUAUCAACGUCAGGAAGUUCAAUCAAGUUGGUUUGUUGGGUAAUGCACCACCUUCAGCUGAUGGGGUAGUACCAAACGAAGUCAAGAGCCUGCCUUCUAGCGCUCAUAAGCUAAGAUUGAGACGUCGGAUGAACAAGACUACUAUUCAGGAAGACGACGAAGAAAACGGUGGCGAUAAUGACGAGACUGAAGCCAUCCUAGUCUUCCCCAACGACGAAGAAGCAGCGAAUGACGAGAAAGAGUAUGAAGCUGUAGUAGAAUCGUCUGACGCUUCACCGGAGGCCUCUAGUACACCCGUUCUUAACGGUACCGCUGCUUCUGGUGCUCCUGUAAGACGCAAACGGAGAAGAGCUGGUACUUUCUCUGCCAGAAGAAGAGCAUAUAUGGGGGAACGUAUCUUUGACAGAGACUCCGCAGAAAGAUUAUUGCUUGAAGUACAAGGUAACCUUGUUCUUUUCCCUACUGAAUGGUUGCUGAGAGAGUUGGACGGAGGCAACUGGUUCUACAACACCGAUAGACUUCCACCUAUCGAUAUCUAUGAUUGAUUGCAAACGUGAUUAUCUGGAAGUUAAUAAUUUAAUAUUAAUACCAAAAUUAAUGUAAAUAUAAUUGUACAUAC